ACGACUAUGAAGCAAUCAAUCCUCCUCCUUGGUCUUAGCGCCAGCGCAACUCUUGCCAACAUCUACUUCCCAAAAGUUCAACCAACAUGCAACAGUCAAGACCUGCAAUUCAGCGGAUGCUUGAAGGGACAAUUCUGCCAGCAGAACAACACAUGCACUGCCGUGAAACACACAUGGCCAAUGUCCUUCCAAGACCACGGCAAGAGAAAUAUCUUCGAUUUCUUCGAGGGAGCUUUCAAACAUAAAACCAAGACCCCCAACUACUCACAGGACGGCAGAUGUGGUCCUAAUAAUGGCAACCUCCUGUGCGACCCUAACAGUACAGUAUACAAGGGAACCUGCUGUUCUUCCUAUGGUCCGUCCUCUUGCGUUGGUGUUGUCUGUGCGCUUCCAUUGACAAGCUAUNNAGGAUGGUGUGGUGAUACCCCUGCUCAUUGCGGAAGUGGCUGCUCCUCUGGCUGUUCUUCAAGUUCAGCGGCUGCAGUCUCUUCUGUUCCGAGUACAACAAUCGUCAGAGCAGCACCUUCGGCAUCUGGUGUUGCUCCUCGUGACGAUGGGAGAUGCGGGCCGAACUUCAACAAUGCAUUGUGUGAUCCCAAUGGCGCUUAUGGAGGUUGUUGCUCCUCUUACGGAUAUUGUGGUAACACCGAUAGUCACUGCUUGACUGCAAACGGAUGUAUAUCUGGCUGCAAAAGUGCGGCGCCAUCGAGUGCAGCUAUAACUUCUGCAGUCGCAUCAUCGGUCGCUCCUUCCAAUGUAAAUUCAGCUGCUCCAUCAAGCACGACCGGCGAGCCAGUCAUCUCCGCAGCAUCUUCCUCGGUCGGCAGCGCCGCAACAGGUACAGUCACCAAGGACGGAACCUGCGGUGCUACAUAUGGCAACACUAUCUGUGGUGAUUGGGCUCAAGGCAGUUGCUGCUCUAUGUAUGGAUACUGCGGAAACAGCACCGCUCACUGUGGCGAUGGAUGUCAAAGUGGACCUUGCUUGAAUGGUGCCGUCGUCCCGGCCCCUGGACCCAGUCCCGCACCAGUCAAUGUUAACCCUGGAUCCUUCAACAUCGUCGGCGAGUCUGGUGCCCCUGCCAUGCAUGCUGGGCUCCUUCCUAACGGUAAGGUGGUCUUCCUUGACAAAGUCGAGAACUACACACAAGUCAAACUCUCUAAUGGCCAGUAUGCAUACUCGACCGAGUAUGACCCUGCUACCAACAAGUACACCGCUUUGGCCUACAAGACUAAUGCCUUCUGUGCUGGUGGUUCUUUCCUCGCCAAUGGACAGUUCAUCUCGCUUGGUGGUAAUGGUCCUCUUGACUUCAUCGACCCCACCGUGGGAGAUGGCUUUGAUGGUAUCCGCUACCUGACUCGUUCUUCCUCUGACGCUUCCUUGAACGGACAAGAUUGGAGUGAGCCAGGCAACAAACUGAGCACCAAGCGAUGGUACCCAUCAGUACAGACUCUUCCUGAUGGAAGACUCUUUGUUGCCUCGGGAUCUUUGAAUGGACUCGAUCCUACCGUACCUGCUAACAACAACCCGACAUAUGAGAUUCUGGACAAGAAUGGCAAAUCAUCUGGUGUCUCCAUACCUAUGGAAAUCUUGGUGAAGAACCAACCUUACUACAUUUGCGGCCGUAUACAACCUCUCUCCACAAACGCUAAAUGGGAAAUGGACUCAAUGCCCCAAGGCCGCGGUAUGGUAGAAGGCACUUUACUCCCUGACGGUACUGUCGUCUUCGUCAAUGGUGGCAACGAAGGUGCUCAAGGCUUUGGUCUCGCGCGCGACCCAACCUUCGAAGCCCUGAUCUAUGACCCCACCAAACCGCUCGGUCAGCGCUUCACCACUGGCGCCUCAUCCACUAUCCCCCGCUUGUACCACUCUGUAGCUUUGUUGCUCCUCGAUGGUACCUUGAUGGUCGCAGGCUCAAACCCUGUGGAGCAGCCCAUCCUCAAGCCCACCACACAAGACCCUUACGUUACAGAGUUCAGAGUGGAGAUCUACACACCACCAUACCUUGUCGGAGACAAUGCGAACAAACGCCCGACUGACAUAACCCUGUCUUCCAAGUCACUCCAAGCAAACUCUCAGACUUUCAAUGUUGAGUUCAAUGUCCCUGCUGGUGCGAAGAGCGUCAAAGUGUCUCUGUAUCACGGAGGCUUCGUCACGCACUCGGUGCACAUGAGUCACCGUAUGCUCUUCCUUGAUACUACAGGUUGGAAGGAUGGAGCUACUCAGCAGACACUCACUGUCACAAUGCCGCCCAACUCGAACGUUGCGCCUCCUGGUCCGUAUGUGGUUUAUGUUGUUGUGGAUGGCGUCCCUGGUAUCGGGCAAUUCGUGCAGGUUUCUUAA